CCGCUGGGUGGAGCGCUCAGUAGCCGCCAGCUGAGGCGCCGGGUCCCCGGCCUGCGCGGCGCGGAGCAGGAUGCGGCUCACCAUGAGGAGGCUGCUGCUGGUGGUGGGCUGCGUGGCCGCCCUGACGGUGACCCUGCACCUGGGGCAGCAGGUGCUGCGGUGCCAGCAGGUGCUGAGCGAGCGGCGGCGCGGGCUGAUGCGGCCCGAGAGCGAGGAGCUGGUGGUGCUGGACGCCAACCGCGUGGAGUACCGCUACAGCAAGGAGAUGCCCCUGAUCUUCAUCGGCGGCGUCCCGCGCAGCGGCACCACCCUGAUGCGGGCCAUGCUGGACGCGCACCCUGAGGUGCGCUGCGGGGAGGAGACGCGCAUCAUCCCCCGCCUGCUGGCCAUGCGGCAGGCCUGGUCCAAGUCCGGGCGCGAGAAGAUGCGGCUGGACGAGGCCGGCGUCACCGACCAGGUGCUGGACGCCGCCAUGCAGGCCUUCAUCCUGGAGGUGAUCGCCAAGCACGGCGAGCCCGCCAGGUACCUCUGCAACAAGGACCCCUUCACGCUCAAGUCCUCCGUCUACCUGGCCAGGCUCUUCCCCAACUCCAAGUUCCUGCUGAUGGUGCGGGACGGCCGCGCCUCCGUCCACUCCAUGAUCAGCCGCAAGGUGACCAUCGCCGGCUUCGACCUCAGCAGCUACCGCGACUGCCUCACCAAGUGGAACAAAGCCAUCGAGGUGAUGUACUCCCAGUGCCUGGAGAUCGGCAGGGCCCGCUGCCUGCCCGUCUACUACGAGCAGCUGGUGCUGCACCCCGAGCAGUCCUUGCAGGCCAUCAUGAAGUUCCUGGGCAUCUCCUGGAGCGACACGCUGCUGCACCACGAGGAGCUGAUCGGCAAGCCCGGCGGCGUGUCCCUCUCCAAGAUAGAAAGGUCAACAGACCAGGUCAUCAAGCCAGUGAACAUGGAGGCAUUAUCCAAGUGGAUUGGGCACAUCCCUGGGGACGUGCUGCAGGACAUGGCCCACAUCGCGCCGAUGCUUGCCAGGCUGGGCUACGACCCCUAUGCCAACCCCCCCAACUAUGGGCACCCCGACCCCUUGGUGGUCAACAACACACACAGAGUUUUAAAGGGGGAUUAUAAAACACCAGCCAACUUGAAAGGUCAUCUGCAGGUGACUCAGAACACAUCAUCUUCUCACUAAGAAAAUGAAUGAUUUCCAGAAUGCUGCAAACAGCCCUUUUGUUGCCCAGCAAAGAGGAGUUUGCAAACAAGCAGCACCAGUGGAAAUCGGUUAUCCAAGCAUAUUGCUUGCUCAGUAACUAUUGCCAAAACGACUGCUCUACGAGGAAUGUUAUUUGCAUUUAUUUGCAAAGGCCAAACCUUUCACACCUCGGACACCCCAUUGCCUGCCUUCCCCCUGCCCUCCGUGGGGACAGCAGCGGCGGAAACCCGUCCUCCGCGGGGGGGUGAGGGGGUGGCGGUGAGAGAAGGCUUAUCGUACACCGUGGCCUGAGGACUCGCUCAAUGGCGUGUGAAGGACUCGUUCGGUCGCGUCUGUGUGUCUCCUAACGCUGCCCUCCUGUCCCGGCUCACAACUCGGUGUCCUGGCCUGUGGAGCCUUUGUCGUGCGAGUGAUGCCCUCCUCCCCUCCCCGCCCUUCACUGUGACUUACAGAGGCUAUUGCAGAGUUAAUAUAUGAGCCCACCCCGCCUC